CUAAAUGAUCCUUUGAUGUGAAAUACGUUGUUCCCUUCUGCAUGCCCGAAGCGAGGGGUGGCUUCUGUCACGUCUGAACCAACAGUCGCCAGUUGUUGUUUUGUCCACUUGCGUGCAGGCAUGUCAGGCACGGAGGCUUGUUUUCAGUCUUCGGCCAAAAAUGGUAGGGCGAGAAUAUCCUCUGAGGGCAGAUUAGGGUAUUCCAGGACAAUGAGACACAUCAAAUACGAUGUUGUACAGCUAAAAAGAUCUCACAUCCUCCCAGAUCUAUGAGUCUUUUCUUUCAUGUGUUAGAUAUGAACUGUUCUGCUCAUUCUAAACAUUGUACAACUCUGAAUAGGAAUCGAUGAGCUCUUGUAAUCGCAUUGCAGAAAGCUCCAUACACACCCUCUUGACAGACGACAGUUGCCGCCCAGCUUUGAUUGAGCACGCAUGGUGUACGAGAAACUGCGUCGGAACAGAAGCCUACAUAACUGUUCUGCAGAUAAAAUACUGUAUCCUAGUCAUUCCAGAGUACACAAAAACAAGAAAUGGCGUACUUCCAAGCCCUCUUCGACCGGAUAUGUGGAGAUCUCCAGCGGUCUACACAGGAAAUGUCGUCAGACUUUCUGCAGCUUUCGACCAAUCAGCAACGAGUCUCGUACGCCCUGAGCAUCCCCAGCGUUCACGACUACAUCAGGGUCAAACCCAUGUUCAAGGGCAAGUCUGGCAUGGAGGCAACAAAGCUUCGGGAAUUCGGCAACAAGAUGUUUGGUCAAAAGGACUACGAGUCGGCUUUACAGAUGUACAACGAAAGCGUGCUCAGGGCACCGUUUGAUCCACAAGUCAAUCAUUCGCACGAUCACGGUGAUAUGAACGGGAACAGCCAGGAGCGCGCUCAGUGUGACAAACAUGAGGUCACGGCGGAUGAUAGAAAUGAAUUUUCCCUUGCUUUAGCCAACAGGUCAGCUGUGCUGUUCAGUCUUGGGAAAUACGAUCUCAGCUUGAAUGACAUUGACCUUGCCCUGCGCCAUGGCUACCCAGAGGAGUUGAAAUACAAGUUGCACGAAAGAAAAGGACGGUGUCUUUGGAAUCUUGGAAGAGAUCAAGAAGCCCUCCAGAGUUUUGUAACAGCUAAGGAACACGUGACGAAGUCUCAGCUCAACAGCAAGAAGCGGAAAUCGUGGAAAGCGACGGUUGAUAAACAAAUAGCAGAACUACAGAGAUCGCCAUCGUCUGAGACAUCUACUGUCUCCAUCACUAAUAUCCCUUCUGUGAGUUAUGGGACAAACAACACGUUUCCUUCCCUCUCUACUGCGGUGGAAAUAAGGCAGAACGAACAGAGGGGUCGUCACGCCGUGGCCGCUCAGGACAUCCAUGUCGGGGACGUGUUGAUCGUGGAGAGGCCGUACGGAUCAGUCGUCUUACCGGAGCAGAGCGACACGCACUGCGAUUACUGCUGCAGAAGGGUGUCGGCCUCGCUCCCCUGUCACCAGUGCAGCACGGCCAGAUACUGCAGCCGGGAGUGCGGAGACCUGGCCUGGGCACAGUACCACCGUGUGGAGUGUCGGUACCUGGGACUCAUCCAUUCCGGUGGGGUAGGCGGGAUGGGCCACUUGGCCUUAAGACUCGUCAACAAGACGGGAUUCCGCUCUCUUCAAGACUUUGACAAGGUAUUGGAAGAGAAAACUGCGAGAAAAGAAAAGGAGGCAGGAAAAGACGCCCAAGAGAGAAAAUCUGAAAGCAAUGCAGACUUACAAUACGAAGAUUUUCCAGGUUUGAAUGCCGAGGGAGUGUAUACAAACGACUAUAACAGUGUUUACCACCUGGAGAACCAUUCUGCAGAACGUAAGCCGAGUGACUUGUUCCGGAGGACGGUCAUGGCGGUCUUCCUGCUGAGGAUCUUACAGAACGGCGGGUUCUUCCAGGUCCCCGGGGAGGACGUGUCUGAAGAAGACCAGUUACUUAUAGCUUCUCAUCUGCUGAGACACCUGCAGAUGAUACCUUGUAACGCACAUGAGGUUUCUGAGUUCGAGUUCUACCGAGGGGAUCCAGACCGGUGCCGGUACCUGGAGGUGGCGUCCGCCCUCCACUGCACCAUGCUGGGGAUGUUCAACCACUCCUGCGACCCUGUCAUCAACAGGAACUUCUACGGGGAUGUGCUGGUCGCGCGGGCCAUCAAACCUGUCGGUAAAGGGGAAGAGAUAACCCUGAACUACAGCGUGCUGUAUACCACUCAGUCCCGUAUGGAGAGGCAGUACAAGCUUGCAGGGCAGUAUUUCUUCAAAUGCAGUUGCCAGCCGUGCGCGGAGAACUGGCCGCUGUUUUACGACAUGGUGCAGGACCUGCAGCGGCGGAACAAGCUGCCCAAACUCAAGUGCAGACAGUGCUUCUCUGUGCUGCCGGGAUCUGAGGAUAAAGACGUCAACAAAGUGAAGUGCGCUGCCUGUGGAGAGGACCAAGAACUGCAGGCAUUAAGAACGGAGCUUGACACUAUCGUUGAUGACGUGUUUACUAAGGUGGGGGUUGUUGUGACGGGAGAGGUGGAGUCCUCACUUCCGGUUCUGGAGCGCUGUCUGGAGCGGAUGGAGAAGAUCGUGGCAAGGCCUUAUGGGUAUUACGACAGCUGCCAAGAAGCCAUCAAACAAUGUUAUGGAAUAGUCGGAAACUGUAACGAGAGGACAACGCCAUGAUUAGUGAUUCCAAAAAAUGGUUUCUCUCAAUGGAAUAGACGUAAAAUAUUUAGAAAUGAAUAGCUGUUGACUAUAGAGCAGCAGAAGAAGUGUCUACAGACUCAUCAUGGACUUUCGAAAGUAUUGAAGGAGAGUUUUUCUAUUAUUGAAGAAAGUUGCAACGAAAACAAUGGAACGAAUUCGAAAGGUUUUCUAGUGUGCAAUUUGCCUUAAUCAUAGCCAAUAUGUAUCGAGUAAGAAGUACACAACAAACAAGCAAAUUAUGAGGCUUGUGUAUUGUUACUCUAUCUUGCAUUUUUUGUGUAAAAACGUUCGUUAUUAUGUCUUAGCUAUUGUUAUAGAAUAAUUUAUUUCAUAAACCACAAUAAACCAUAAUCGAUCAAA